UUCGCGUCGCUGCAAAUGAAAAUUUGUUCGCUUGCUUUAUUUCCCUUAUUGUUUGUCGCUGCUGUGAUGAGAGCGAGAGCGUGCUCCAGUUUCAGCCCCGCCAGCUGCCCGCCCACCUCCCCAGCCGAACAUGGAACAUGUUGCGUAGGGCGGGCUUUGCUGAGGUUGGCCAAGCGGCGGCCUGGCAAUAAGAAUCGCCAGCGUAGCGCACCCAGCUACUUGGAGCAGCAGCUGACGAAGAGGGAGCGCAUCACCAAGUUGCCAUUAGUGGGUGCUUUGGUGCACAAGGCGCUCCAGGUGCGGGACACCGAGCCGUACGGAGCAGCUGAGCCGGCUGAGCAGCAGCAGCAGCAGCAGCAGCAGCAGCAGCAGCAGCCAGAGCGGACUGGGCAGUCACAGCAAAGCGAGCGCGCCGAGCAGCCGAAGAAGCCAGAGCAGUCAGCACAGCCAGAAAACCUGUAG